AUGAAUACUGCUAGGGGCCUUAUCGCAACUGCGAGAACAGGUGUGAGGAGUACGAAAGCUGUUCCAAGACUUUGGACACGACAAUUGGCUUUCAAAGCUAUCACCCCUCUCCAAACAUCCUCACAAAAUAUCUCAAGAUCCUAUCAUGGAUCUGGCUCACGAAAUGCUACUCAGCCGUCAUUGGCAGAGGCUUCUAAUCCGGCAAUGGCAUUCCCUUGUCUAGAUGCUCUCGAAACCAAGUCUGCGACUCUAGAAGCUCGAUCCCUUUCAAGUGGCCCAGAACCAUCUUAUACUAGCGGAGUAACACUUAAAUUUCACUGCGACGACCCUUUAUUGCUUGACUGGGGGGGUGUCUUGCAAGAAUUCGACAUUGCUUAUGAGUCAUGGGGUGAAAUGAACGCAGACAAGUCGAAUGUCAUUUUACUGCACACUGGAUUGUCUGCAUCUUCACAUGCACAUUCAACAGAAGCGAAUCCUAAGCCAGGAUGGUGGGAAAAGUUUAUAGGUCCGGAUAAAAGUCUUGAUACGAACAAAUAUCAUAUCAUAUGCACGAAUGUUAUUGGAGGAUGUUAUGGUUCGACAGGACCCUCGACAAUCGAUCCAGCAGACGGAAAACGGUAUGCGACGAGGUUCCCAAUUCUUACCAUGGAGGACAUGGUGCGGGCACAGUUUCGACUACUCGAUGGUUUAGGGGUCACGAAACUAUAUGCGAGUGUUGGUUCGAGUAUGGGAGGUAUGCAAUCAUUAGCUGCUGGGGUUCUGUUUCCUGAACGAGUUGGUCGAGUAGCCAGUAUUUCUGGAUGUGCACGAAGCCACCCUUACAGCAUUGCGAUGCGCCAUACUCAACGGCAAGUGUUGAUGAUGGACAAGAAUUGGAAUCGAGGAUUUUACUACGAUCAUAUUCCUCCUCACGCAGGCAUGAAACUUGCACGUGAAAUUGCGACUGUAACGUACCGCUCGGGACCUGAAUGGGAGCUAAGAUUUGGUCGACGAAGAGCCGAUCCAAGCAAGCAACCUGCCUUGUGUCCAGAUUUCCUUAUCGAGACUUAUCUAGAUCAUGCAGGCGAGAAAUUUAGUUUGGAGUACGAUCCAAAUAGUCUUCUAUAUGUCAGCAAAGCUAUGGAUCUCUUUGACCUCGGAGCGACAAAUCAACUGGCGGCUUCGUCACGAAGAGGAGAUCAUUUAGCUCGUAAGGGAACUGGGGCUGAAUCUGAAUCUUCUCUUGGAGAUGCAGCAUGCAGCCUUACUCUCCCAGAUAGCCCAUACCAGGAACAGCCAGAAGCAAACGGGACAACAGAUAUCAAUACGCCCAUUGAGCCAUCCUCAGGUCCCCCUGCGGACUUAGUAUCUGGGAUGAAAGCCAUGAAAGAUCAUCCUACUCUAGUUAUGGGCAUUUCUAGCGAUAUCUUGUUCCCUGCAUGGCAGCAAAGAGAGAUUGCUGAUACGCUGAGAAAGGCAGGGAAUACCAAAGUAAGUCAUGUUGAGCUUGGAGAAGACGUGAGCCAAUUUGGACAUGACACAUUCCUAUUGGAUGUAGAACAUGUCGGCGGGCCAUUGAAGGAGUUCUUGGGUUGA